GAGAUGCAUUGAUGGAGAAGAUAAGCAGCUCGUUAUAUAUAAUAAGAUGGCUUAAUGAUCAUUGAUUUUGAGGAGGAAGAACAUGGAUAAAAAUUGGAGAGAUCAUCGACUCUUGAUAUUAUCUUCGUCAGAGAGAGAAAUAGGAAGAGAGCAAUCCGUAUUUUGGAGGAAAAAUGGUUUUAAACGAAAGUGGACGAGCGGCUAGUCCAAAACUAUCAAUGGGUAGCCUAACGUUUGGGUUUCCCAUGAAUCGACUCUCUGUAUUCUUUUAUAUUCCACCGACGACAUCGUUGCUUUUGGAAAAAAGAAAAAAAGCAUUCAGAAUAAUUCUCCGACAGUCAAAAGAAAGGGACAACGACUGCCGACGGUUGGCUAGGUGGGUCGUUCUCAUUUACUGUUUCGCUUUGUUUAUUAGCUUCUCCGGGCGGUGGACCGUUGCGACUUGCGACUGGCGAGUGGCCACGUACGAUGACAACAUUCUUUCUAAUUCUCCGAUUUCUGCCUUCGACCUAUACAGAUUGUUGAUAGUUCCUUCUUAUAAUCGUUGUUUAUAUUCUUCGAGCACAACUGAAAUGGCAGGGUUUACUUCUUCACAAAGUAGGAAAGGAAAUUUGUACAAAGAAAUGGCAGAACUUACUGUUUCAAAACCAAAGCAGCAAUGGGAGUUGGAGGGACCGAUUAGGAAUUGGUUGGAGCUCCCAUAUGAUGUGGUGGCUAAUAUUCUAUACAGAAUUGGACCUAUUGAUAUACUUGAGAAUGCUCAGAAAGUUUGCACCACUUGGUGUAAAAUCUGCAAGGAUCCAGCCAUGUGGAGGGUCAUUCAUAUGAAGACAACUGUGGGACCAUUUCGGCAGGUAUGGGAAAUAUGCAGGCAUGCUGUGGAUAGAAGUCAAGGCCAGUUGGUAGAUAUCAGCAUAGUGGAAGUUGUCAAUGAUCAGCUUCUUCAGUAUGUUGCUCAUAGAUCAAGUCAGCUCAAACGGCUUGAAUUUGUAAGUCACAAUUGUGAUAUACGUUGGAACUGGACCCAAGCUUUGAAAAAAUUUCCAAUGUUGGAGGAACUCAAUCUCUACAGAAUACAAAUCUCUACAGAAGCUAUCGAAACUGCUGGCCGUUGUUGCCCAAUGCUAAAAACACUGAAAGUGAAUCAAGAAAGUUGUAUGUUUUGGCAUGGAGGUACCGAUGAGAAGUCCUUAAUGAUCCGUAAUAGGACAGCUAAAGCUAUUGGAGAAAAUUUACAUGACUUAAGGCACCUUGAACUCAUUGGAAACACCAUGACAGAUAUUGGGUUGCAGGCGAUUCUGGAUGGUUGUCAUCGUCUUGAAUCUCUUGACUUGCGUCUGUGCUUGUACAUAAAUCUCAAGGGAGACAUGGGAAAAAAAUGUUCAGAAAAGAAUGGAGUUAUUGACUUAUCCUAUUGUCGAUUUUGAAGGUUUGGAAUUUUCCCCCAACACUUACUUCUUGGAUGACCAGACAAGAUAAUGACAACACGGCCAACUCUAUGCUAGCUGCACCUCUAAGUAGAGAUGGAUCAUUUUGAUUUCUAUUCUCAAAGUUGUGUAAGGACUAAAGAUUUUAUCUUGAAUUGUUGGUUUAUGAAAUAUUUUUUGGGUUACUUGUAUCUUAAAUUAUGUUUGAAAAACCUAAUUACCCCUUUGACGGGUAUUUUUGCGUGACAUAUAUAUGUUGAAGUGCUGAUGUUUGUUUUUGUUA